AUGAGGGCUUGGAAUGGUGAAGUGCUGACUUGGACUGAGCUCCGCUCGCCUCUUUACCUUCCCUACCCUCGUUUCUUGGCCAACAACAAAACCCCGUUGAAGAUGAAGGUUUGGAAUGGUGAAGAUAAAGGAUUUGAGCUCCGCUCGCCUCUUUACCCCCCACGCCCUCAUUUCUUGGCCAACAACAAAACCCCGUUGAAGAUGAAGGUUUGGAAUGGUGAAGGUGUGUCACCUCCAUCCCCAUCCCCCAUCAUCAUCAAGCUACCAACUAACGCAAAUCGGAUUCAGAAAACCCAAAAACCCACUUCGCCCACUUUCGUGCGCGAGACCCCAAAAAAAAAAGAUGGUCCCGGGAGUUUCUCGCUCUCCGGCCCUCUACAUCAGUUCGCAUACGAACGCAAUUUCAAAUUAAAUACCCCAAAGCAGCAUCGGAAG